AUGUUUAAUUGUACAUAUCUUCAUAUUCAUCGUAAAAGUAUUCUUUUCAAUUACACAUGGCCACCAACAUCUUCAUCAAAAAAUUUAACACGUUCAUUUCGUGUUAAAUUUACUAAUGAUAAAGAUCUUAAUCAAUGUUUAAAAUUAUUACGUGAUUAUUUUCCAAUAAAUAUCUAUUCACCAAAUGAUUUUAAUAUUUGUAUUGAAACAAUACAACCAACAAUGUUUCAUUCGUUAUUUUUUAAUGAAACAAAAGAUAUAUUAGCAUUAGAACAAUCAACAACAAUGAAUAUUCGAACAGAUUUUAUUCGUCAAUAUCUUUCAACAUGUAUUAUGGAUCCAACUUUUUUUAUUUUUGUUAAUAAAAAUGAACAAUAUUUGAAAAAACUUUUAAUGGAUAAAUAG